AUGGGAAGGCAACCUUGUUGUGAGAAAGUGGGAUUGAAAAAAGGGCCAUGGACUGCUGAGGAAGACAAGAAGCUCAUCACUUUUAUCCUCACUAAUGGUCAAUGCUGCUGGAGGGCUGUCCCUAAAUUGGCAGGGUUAUUAAGGUGUGGUAAAAGUUGUAGACUUAGAUGGACAAAUUACUUGAGACCGGAUUUAAAAAGAGGACUUUUAUCAGAAUAUGAAGAGAAAAUGGUCAUUGAUCUUCAUGCUCAACUUGGAAACAGAUGGUCUAAGAUUGCUUCUCAUCUACCAGGAAGGACAGAUAAUGAAAUAAAAAAUCAUUGGAACACUCACAUAAAGAAAAAGCUCAAGAAAAUGGGGAUUGACCCUAUCACUCACAAACCACUAAUCAGUAGUACAAUUAAUCAAACUCAUAAUCAAGCUAAACAACAACUACACCAACCGAUAGAAGAAAAACAACAAAACCAACAACCUUUGACAAUUGACAUUGACACAAAGAUUGAGAAGCAAGAGACUUCAAUUGAAUCAUCAAGUAACAUUGAAAUGAAAGAAAAAGGUGAAAUUACAAUACCACCCUUAUUUGACACAAUGGAGUUAAUUGAUGGAUUUUGUAUAGAUGAAGUUCCAAUAUUAGAACCUAAUGAGAUUAUAGUGUCAAAUUCAACCUCUUCAUCAUCUACAUCAAAUUCAACCAAUUUUCUUGAAGAUCUCCAACUCCCUGAUUUUGAAUGGUCUAAUAAUGAUAACAAGGAAGAGAACAAUAGCAACAAUUUGGCUUUUUGGGAUGAUGACUUUAUUAGUAGCUUGAAUUUUAUGAUUAAUGAUGAUGGUGGUUGUGUUAAUAAUGGUGAAAGAAAGCAAGCAUUUGAAGCCAUGAUUGUGGAUUCAGAAUCUUGGGCAUAUGGAUUGUUUUGA